AUGGGCACCGUUAUAAAUAGUGCAUCCCAACUAGACACUUUAAUUCAACGCGCCACGAGCGAGUCUAUCCCCAAUGGUGAGAUAGAUCUGUCAUUGGCGUUAGAAGUUUCGGAUGUAAUAAGAUCAAGAAGAGUCAAUCCGAAAGAAUGCAUGAGAAGUCUCAAGAAACGGAUUGUGGCGACACGAUCUAAUCCAAAUACUCAGCUUUCAGCUUGGAGACUUACGGAAGUUUGUGUUAAAAAUGGCGGAACGGCAUUUAUCAAGGAAAUCUGUACACGAGAGUUUAUGGAUUGUAUGGAACACACGAUACUAGAGAAUGAUACCAACGAAGACGUCGAAAAAUUUUGUACUGAAAUGCUACAAGGUUUGUACGUCGCGUUCAAGAAUGAUUCGCAACUCGGUUACGUCGCAAAGGUUCACGACAAACUUGUCGCGCGUGGCGUUGAUUUCCCGCCAAAUGGCCAUACACAGUCAGAACUUGUGGCUGCGAUGUUUGAUUCUAAGACACCUGCUGAUUGGAUUGAUUCGGAUGCCUGUAUGAUCUGUUCUACGAAAUUUACGCUUUUAAACAGAAAACAUCACUGCCGGUCCUGUGGCGGCAUAUAUUGCCAAGAACAUUCUUCACGAAGAAUCCCGUUACCGGAUCUUGGAAUAUAUGAGCCAGUAAGAGUAUGUGACAGCUGCUUUGAUGAUUAUGAGUUGAAAAGACACUCUGGUAAGAAACACAAGUCCAAGCGGAAAAAAAAAGUUAAGCCCACUCGCGACGGAGACGAGGACGAUGACUUGAGGCGUGCCAUCGAGAUUUCACUUAAGGAGACAAGCGCGGGUGGUACAGCAAUCCCUGUGGUACAGCCAGUAAAACAGGAACAACGUCCCACAGCGGACGAAGAAGACGAAGAUCCAGAUUUGAAAGCGGCCAUCGAAGCGAGUCUGAGAGAUGUCAGGGCUCAACCAUUGAGCACGAGUUUUCAGCAUCAACGCAAUCCACCAAUACCGAUUGACCAGCCUAAGUUACCAGCAUUUCAAGCUCUCGACGACUUGACUUCUGCAGAAGAAAAUGAUAUAUAUCUCUUCGCAUCAUUAGUCGAGAGAAUGAAGUCGCAACCGGCUACAGCGAUUUUAGAAGAUGACAAAUUGCAGCAGCUCUACAGAAAGGUCUUGGGAGUUGCGCCGAAGCUGAACAGUGUACUACACGAUACAGUGAUCAAAUGCAACACACUUGUUGAUAUGAACAGCAAAAUCUCGGACAUUAUGAACGUUUACGACUCCUUAUUGGAAAGACAACUGCAAAGUAUCAAUCUCAGCCAGCAAUAUUCAGUUCCUCAACUACCUUCCGACCCGUUCUCUUUCUAUGGAAUACAAAAGCAAGAGGCCUCUAAAGCUGAAAGUUUUGAGUCCGCAAAAUUGCAAACGCAAAUUACUUCUCCGUAUCCAAUGGAGUCAAGUUCGCCAACGCGCAUACCUGCCGAUGUUGUCAAUAGCAUAUCAAGUUGGUCCCAGGAGCCUUCUGAACGCAGAGAGUACAUCAAUACGGUACCCAUUCGAAACCCUCAGAGCAACUCUGUUACGCCCAUGCGAGAAACCAGCAAUCAAAUGUCUUUGUCUCAAUUGGGAUUUCAGAGCGCUCCAUUAAACAAUACAGCAGCAAUGCAUCUUAAAGAAAGUGAACCGCCAUAUCCUUUGGAGGAAGAAGAGCAUAUUAUAGAUCCGAGAGCUGCUGCUCCGGUGCUGACCAGUGCUUCACAGCUACAGCCAACACGUCAAAGCGAGGACAAGAUAACAGACGUGAAUUUCCCUACUGUUCCGGUUACAAAGCCUCCCGUUGAAGAAUUGAUUCCAGAGGAAGUUAAUGAAGUUGAGGAAGAUGAGCCCGAACACCUGCUAAUUGAGCUUUAG